ACCAAUGGCAUCGAAUAAACAAACAAAAUGAAAAAAAAAAGAAAAAAAGGGAAGAGGAACUAGUGUACUACUACUACUUGUAGCAUAUUAUAUUGCCCCCCCCUUCAUUUUCUCCUUUUUCUUCCCAAAGUCAACUGUCCUCUUCCCCCCACAUCAAUAUCCACCCCCUUCCCACCUUCUUCAUUUUUUCCCUUUCAAUUCAACUCCCACAAUUCAUAAUUUCACACCCAAUUUCCAUCCGAUUUCUGUUAGUUUCUAUCGGUUCUGCAGCUACAUAUGGUUUCCAAAUUUCAGUGAUUUUUUGUGUGUGUGUGUGUGUGUGUGUGUGUGUGUGUGGAGAAGAAUAAAACAGGGUGGGUAAUAAUAUAUUUGGUUUAGAAAAUGGGAAACGGAAUGAGGAAGCUGAACCUCUGCUUCGCCGGAGAUGCAGGGGAGAUAUCACGCCGACAUCAUGAUAUCGCCGUCUAUUUAUCCGACCCAAUGGACGAAGGAUUAGGCCAUUCUUUCUGUUACAUCAAGCCGGACUCUUUCUCCAACUCCAAGACCAUUCAUUCCUCGUCGGAGGACUCAUCGGCCAGCACUCAGACGACGGCUUUCCGUACAAUUUCCGGCGCCUCCAUCUCUGCCAACACUUCAACUCCUCUAUCGACGGCUCUUAUUGACCUUGGCCCUUACAACGCUUCCUUGGAUAAAGCUGCUGCUUUUGAGAGCUCAAAUUUAUUUGCUUCAAUUCCACUCCAGCCGAUUCCCCGGAAAUCUAUUUCUUCGGUAAGGUCCGGCCCGAUUCCUCGGGUUUCGUGUCAGGGAUCCGGGCCGGUUGAGCGGGGUUUCCUGUCCGGCCCGAUUGAGCGGAGCUUUAUUUCUGGCCCUUUGGAGAAUCAAUAUGAUCAGCUGCAGAGGUACAGACCCAGACCCAAGAAAUGGUCUUUAAUUAGAAGUUUUAAGAAAGUUAUUUCAAAGUCGUUUUGGAGUUCUGCUGAAUUGAGUUGGGUUGAGAAAAAUAAUGAGAAUGGCACAGUUAGUGGUAGCAAUAGCACUAGUAAUAAUCUGAGCUGUAGAAUGAGCUUGGGUGAUGAUAAUAAUUAUGAUGAUGGAAAUGAAUCCUUUGGUAGUCAAAAUGUGCAAUGGGCUCAAGGGAAGGCUGGUGAGGAUAGAGUACAUAUUGUGAUUUCUGGAGAAGAUGGGUGGGUUUUUGUUGGAAUUUAUGAUGGAUUUAAUGGUCCUGAUGCCACCGAUUUCCUGGCAAACCAUCUCUAUUCAAAUGUUUGUAAGGAGCUUAAAGGACUAUGGUGGAAUGACAAGUCAGAAUCCCUGGAGAAGGAAGGGAAUGGUAACGAAUUUGACGGAUCACAUAGAGUGGAAGGUAAUGGAGAUAUUGUGGUGGACUGUGAUUUGAAGAAGUGGAGUAAUCAGGGACCAGAUGGCGUGGCGGGUACUAAUCAUACGGAUGUGUUGAAAGCGCUAUCGGAGGCUUUGAAGAAGACUGAAGAAUCUUAUUUGGAGAUAGCGGAUAUGAUGCUGAUGGAGAAUCCAGAAUUAGCUUUGAUGGGAUCUUGUGUUUUGGCUAUGUUGAUGAAGGGGGAUGAUGUUUACUUGAUGAAUGUUGGGGAUAGUAGAGCAAUUUUGGCCAAAAAUGGUGAGUCUGAUGGUUGGAAUGGGAAGGCGACUAGGAAGGAUUUAGAAAGGAUAAAGGAGGAAAGUCUGAAUGAUCUUGAAGCAUUUGAUGGAGAUGAUUUCAGCAAUUUCCACCAUUUGAGUUCACAUCAACUCACUACAGAUCACAGUACCUCUGUGAAAGAGGAAUUACAGAGGAUUAGAAGUGAGCAUCCAGAUGAUCCUUUGGCCAUAGUCAAUGAUAGAGUAAAAGGUUCCUUGAAGGUUACUCGAGCUUUUGGUGCUGGCUUUCUUAAGCAGCCCAAGUGGAACGACGCGCUCCUAGAGAUGUUCAGAAUUGACUACAUCGGAUCAUCACCAUACAUAUCAUGUUUGCCUUCGCUUUAUCACCAUAGACUCGGUCCAAAGGACCGGUUUUUGAUCCUCUCUUCAGAUGGCCUGUAUCAGUACUUAACCAAUGAAGAAGCUGUGAGCGAAGUCGAGAUGUUCAUGACUUCCUUUCCUGAGGGGGAUCCUGCACAACAUCUCGUGGAGGAAGUUCUAUUUCGUGCUGCUAAGAAAGCCGGUAAGUACAUCUAUCCGAUUCUAUUGAUAAUGCAGUAAGUUUUGAGCACAUUUUAGCAUCUGAAGGGUCUAAUAAUGUCAAAACAUUUUGGUACAUUGCAGGUAUGGAUUUCCAUGAGUUACUCGAUAUCCCACAAGGAGAUCGCCGAAGAUACCAUGAUGAUGUAUCCGUAAUUGUGAUUUCCUUUGAAGGAAGGAUAUGGCGGUCAUCUGUGUAAAUUAAAAAGUGAUUGACAAAAACGUACAGAAACCUUCAUUCUUUAAACCUCAUAUUCCCUUUAGUGUUCAUAGUAUACAGCUAGGCUCAAAUUGAGAAUGUACCUAUUUCGUGGGAGGGAAUGUAUAGGAGCCAAUAUCCCUCCUCCGUUCCUCUUCAAACGGGAUUUUAGAGAGUAUGAAAUUUUGGUAAUGAAAAGCCUUUGGAGGAUGUGCAUUUUUCCCAAAGAAAUGCCCAUAGUAGUCAUCUAGGCUUAACAUAUUCAUUGAUUUUUUACCCUUGGGGACCCUUUUAUGUAAGAUACGGUUAUGUUCAUUAUCCAAAUAUUACAAAUUACAACAAACCUCCAUCUUAUUUCCCUUUUUACCUGUUUUCAGAAUUUGUGCUCUUCAUUUUCCAGUCAUCAAAUAUUUCUGGCUUAGAUCAUGUUUUCAAAGAUAAUUUUAAAAAAUGUCAUCUAAGUUCAUGAACAUUAUGGAUACUUAAGCCAUAAAGCAUGUCUAUGCGAGAAAAUAAAAAGAAGAAAAAGAAAAAAAGUCAAAAAAAG